AGAUAACAUUUAUCAAAAGGAAACUAGGAUCAAAACAUUUAUCAAAAGGAAACUAAAGUAAAAGGAAACCCCUUUUUUUAAUCUUCGUUUGGAUCUUGGAGGAAAGUAGAUAAGAGUUACUCUCUGUUUUUAUCAAGCAAGCAGUCUGUCCGAAAAAUAUCCAAAUCAACUUAUUCAUCUUGUUAUGAUAUUUUCCUGAGUGCUUAGUAAGUUAAGAUGGCUGAAAACGAUUUCUCUAGUAGCAUAACGGCGUCAAAAGCAGUGUCAGAUAGUUUUGAAUUUAAAUGGACGGUAAGAAAUUACUUCUCUGAUGGAUAUUUAUCUGAUGGCUUUUGCCAAGAGUUUUUUUCGAAACUUUGUGGUGGAAUUAAAUUUCAAAUAAUUGUUUACAAAUGUGAUACUAGAAGAAAUCGAAAUCCUAUGUUUAUAGUGAAGGUUGUUAUGAAAGAAAAUGCUGAAAAUAGUGUGAUAAAAACAUUUCUAUUUUUUGAAAUCCGAGAUAAUAAUGGACAUUUAUAUUUAAAGGAUUCGAUAGAGAAUCGAUUUUCUCAUUUGAAUGAGGAGUAUGAAUGUGAUGGUUUUGAAAUGCCAUUAUAUAAGCCUGUUUACGGGCUGUUAUCUGAUGGAAGACGUUAUGAAAUGCAUUUUCAGGAGGGCAAAUUUAUUAUUAAGGGAAGUGUUAUUUUUCAAUGCUAUGAAGAAAAUAUUGUUUCUCAACCGCUGUGUGAAAACAUUAGUCAACUUCAGAGCGAUUUGAAGGGCUUGUUGAAAAACAAUUUUUAUGCUGACAUUAAGUUUCUUAUCGGUGAUGAUAUACUGCACGCACACAAGAAUAUUUUGUGCUCGAGGUCUGUAGUUUUCAAGAAGAUGUUCGAGCAAAAUAUGAAGGAAAACAAAGACAGCACAGUAGAAAUUACUGACAUACAAAAGCCGGUCUUCGAAGCUUUUUUGAGCUUUCUUUAUACAGGAACCAUUCAAAACAACAAACUUGAUAUAGUUAUGUCUCUCUAUUCAGUUGCUGACAAAUAUGCAGUAGAGACUCUAGUAACAACUUGCAGUAAGCUUCUUGUUAGUUACCUAUCUGAUAAGACUGUAGCUCUUAUCUUGAAAUUAGCAGAUAUGCAUAACGAUGCUGCAUUAAAAGCAACUGCAAUAGAUUUCAUUUGCAAAAAUUUUGAAGAAGUCGAGACCACAGAUUCGUGGGAUACUCUGUUGAAUUCUGAUCCCCGCUUGGCUUCUUAUGCUCUGAAACAAGUCUCAAUAAGUACUGCUAAAAAACGUAUCGAGACCACGGCUGCUGAAAACGUUGCGACUGGAACGAUUAAAACCAUGGAUCUAGGAGUAAAACGAUUGUUCUACCGAUGAUAGGUGCUCCCGCCACUUUGGAGAAGAUAUUUUGUCAUCACAGAUUGUCUAAUCCUGUAAAAUUGAAUUUGAUAAAAAAAAAGUGUUUAUUGUAUUUUUA